AUGGUGAGAUGUAAGAUUGCUGGGAGGCGUCGUCCUUUCAUCAGGUGCUGGUCGUCGCUAUCAGCUUGUCGACUUGCUGCAGACGAGAAUGUGUCGGCCAUGAACGAUGCAGUUGUCGACGUCGUUUACGAAAGCAUCAACGCCAUCCAAUGCCGGCCCACCGCGUCGCGAAAACGGAGCGGGAAAGGGAAGGGCUGCGGGCUGCGGUUUCUAUCGCCAGCGCCAGGGCGUAUCCUUGCACAAGAGGAACGAGAUGCUUCGGAGAGGCGGCGACGGCGUGGGAAGCCGGUCUGGUGUCGCGAUGUCGACGCUCUCGACGCUCGACAGCUGAAGUGUUGCACAACAUGUGGAGUUUGGAAGCAGUCAGCUAACGCGAACAUCACGCGUCUGGACAUGGGUAGUAUGAAUAAAGUUGUUAAAAUAGUCGCACGCGGAUGUUUAGUGCUUUGCGUGCGCAUCGUCAACAAGUGUUGUGUGGUGCCUCACGACGCGCCAAAAAAAGCCACCACCCAAACGGUCGAGCAGUGGAGUCGGGCUCGCGUCGCCUCGCUGGGAAUCGUGCAGCACGUUGUGUCGUGCUUGCAUUAUGCGCGUCUGAUGAAAUGGCAACAGCCUGCAGCAGUAUACCGUCGUACGGGGAAGACUAUACGCUAUGAUAUCGGGCUACUCAGGUCUCUGAAAGUCCAACUAGUCGGCGGCACUGCGAGAUCAAACCGGAAAUCGGCGGUGUCCAGGCUCGGACAGAGCUGCUGUCAAACCAUGCGACGUGGUAUCGUUCGUCCAGAAGAGUUGCACCGUGUCGUACAGGACUCGACGCCAUGCAGACCUGCUCUCCGAAUGCGUUGGUCUGCCGACGGUCGCACAAGCAUCGGUCGUGGCGUGGCGUGGCGUGGCGACCAGGCGCUUGAUGAGAUGACGAGAAUGGUUGGGUUGCUGCUGCAUUGCCAACGUGUUAUAGAUGGCGUGUGUAGGACAGGGAGGGCCAUUAUUAUUGAAUUGAGCGCUCAGCGGCCUGAUUCGGGUACCACGCAGCGCUGCUGGAUGACUUGGUCGCACGCGCAUCUCCAGGCCGUCCGGACGAUAGCGUCCAUAUUAUGCCUCAUCAAUGGCCGACAAGGCGUGGUUGAGAUGGCCCCAGUACCUAAGCUUGGGCUUGCGACUCGCUGGACGAAGUUACCGCUCAUUUCCGAGGAAAUCGAGCUUGCUUGGCGUAUUGAUAGGGCAAACGUCAUAUGCAUACACACGAAGCUCCUUUGCGCACCGUGCACGCGGCAGUGGCACGCACUAGCGCCUUAA